AUGAGUUUCCAAGGUUCAAGUAGUCCUAUUAUACGAUCUUACGAUGAUCACUAUGGUUCGCAUUCGAAUACAAGGGACGAUGACGACGAGAAUGAGAUCGAGUCUCGUCAUUCUGGACAAAAUACCGAUUUCUCAGAGGCGGCCUAUUUUGUCGAAGCUGUGCGAACAUAUAACAACACUUCAUGGGUAUAUCGUCUACCAGCAGAUCAAGAGGAAGUAGUUCGACAAGAUCGAUUACAUUAUAUUCUCCUUGGAAUUUUACCUGGUUUAUAUCGAGGACCGGUCGAACAGAUAUUGAACGAUCGAAGUAGAAGGAAACGGAUCUUGGAUAUAGGUUGUGGCACUGGGUUGUGGAUACAAGAAAUGGCGGAGCUAUUCCAUCAUGUCGAUUAUAUAACGCCUUUCCAGCAUGAUUCGCAGUAUCGGAAUUGCACCUUCAUGCAAGUCAGUGCACCUUCAGGUCUAAGGACAUUUGGGGAUGAAUCCUUCGACGUGGUACAUAUGCGUCAGAUGGUACAUGCUACGAACGACUAUCCUAGUAUCGUCCGAGAGGCUCAUCGAUUACUUCGUCCCGGUGGGAUACUUUUAGUCCACGAGCCUCAGCUACAGCUGCACAGCGCUUGGGAGGGGUUUGGUCUGAAAGAUUUGGCUCCAUGUCUGGCUCAGAUGAUAUCUCAUCUCGAAGCUGCUUGCCAUUACAGAGGAAUAGAUACCGAGUUAUUCAGCAGAAUGGAUCAAGUUCUCGCUGAGGCAGGAUUUGACCCCGAUGGAAUCGAUGUCUUUUAUCACUACAGACAGGCUUGCCCUGAUGACCCUCAGAGUGAAGUAGGUAUGAACGAGACCACGCAUGCGAUCAGUUUCCUCUACGCAGCUCGUCUGAUGAUUCUCGAGGCUGGAGCGGUAGACGAGGACGAAUUCGAUCGAUUGAUGCCAGGCGUGUUGGAUGAGGUUAGCGGUAGAUCGGGAGGGCUAGCUGGUCCAUUAGGUGCUCAAGGACUGCUGAGCCCUUGGGGUUAUUGGUGGGUCAUCAAAGAGGAAUGA